CAUCUGUUCACAUUUACCCAGCUGAAUACUUAAGAUCCGUGCAUUUUAUGGUUGUCUACUUAUAAAAGACAAUGACUACUGAUGAAGCUGCCAAGAACAAUGGAGAAAGCCCCGCAGCAGCUGUUGCUGAACAGGGAGAGGCUAUUACCUGCAAAAAAGAUAGAGGAGGAUUAAAGAUUGUCAAAAGAGUGGGAAAUAGUGAGGAAACCCUGAUGAUUGGAGACAAAGUUUAUGUCCAUUACAAAGGAAAAUUGUCAAAUGGAAAGAAGUUUGAUUCCAGUCACGAUCGAAACGAACCAUUUGUCUUUAGUCUUGGCAAAGGCCAAGUUAUCAAGGCAUGGGACAUUGGGGUGGCUACCAUGAAGAAAGGAGAGAUCUGUCAUUUACUGUGCAAACCAGAAUAUGCAUAUGGCUCGGCUGGCAGUCUCCCCAAAAUUCCCUCGAAUGCAACUCUCUUUUUUGAGAUUGAGCUUCUUGAUUUCAAAGGAGAGGAUUUAUUUGAAGAUGGAGGUAUUCUCCGAAGAAUCAAACGGAAAGGAGAAGGGUAUUCAAACCCAAACGAAGGAGAGACAGUAGAAAUCCACCUGGAAGGCCGUUGUGGUGGAAGGAUGUUUGAUUGCAGAGAUGUGGGGUUCAUAGUUGGCGAAGGAGAAGACCACGACAUUCCAAUCGGAAUUGACAAAGCCCUGGAGAAAAUGCAGCGUGAGGAACAAUGUAUUUUGUAUCUUGGACCACGAUAUGGUUUUGGAGAGGCGGGGAAGCCUAAAUUUGGCAUUGAACCUAAUGCUGAGCUUAUAUAUGAAGUUACAUUUAAGAGCUUCGAAAAGGCCAAAGAAUCCUGGGAGAUGGAUACCAAAGAAAAAUUGGAGCAGGCUGCCAUUGUCAAAGAGAAGGGAACUGUGUACUUCAAGGGAGGCAAGUACAUGCAGGCGGUGAUUCAGUAUGGGAAGAUAGUGUCCUGGUUAGAGAUGGAAUAUGGCUUGUCAGAAAAGGAAUCGAAAGCUUCUGAAUCAUUUCUGCUCGCUGCCUUCCUGAACCUGGCCAUGUGCUACCUGAAGCUUAGAGAAUACACCAAAGCCGUGGAAUGCUGUGACAAGGCCCUUGGACUGGACAGUGCCAAUGAGAAGGGCCUGUACAGGAGGGGUGAAGCCCAGCUGCUCACGAAUGAGUUUGAGUCAGCCAAGGGCGACUUUGAGAAAGUGCUGGAAGUAAACCCCCAGAAUAAGGCCGCGAGACUGCAGAUCUCCACGUGCCGGAAAAAGGCUAAGGAGCGCAAUCAGCGGGACCGCAGGAUAUAUGCCAACAUGUUCAAGAAGUGUGCAGAGCAGGACGCAAAGGAAGAGGCCAGGAAAGCAAUGGGCAAGAAGACUGUAGGAGGGGUCACCAAUGAAAAAGAAACAGCAAGUCAGUCGAUGGAAGAAGAGAAAGCCGAAGGCCAUGUAUGACACCACACCAAGGAG